GGCCAUAACGGGCCUGGCACCGGCAAUAUAAGUGUCAGCCUUCUCUCGUCAUACAUGGAUACCUACUUAUCCCCAAGCUCUGACCGAAAUAGUUAAUAACCCCUCUACCAUCACCAUCACCAUUACAAUUACAAUUUCAACUUCAAACUAUCAAUCUUUUCUAUACGUUUCACUGCUUCUCUUGAGAUCCCAGAUUUUCUAAUAUACAGAAUAGCCUCUGCUUUCUAAUAUCUUCUAAUAUUGAAAAGUACAAUACUUGUUACUGCUACAGAAGUUCUACCCGUGACAUAAUCUUCAAAAUGCGUAUCACUUUAACCAUUACUGCUCCUACAGACGAUGAUGCAGAUCUUAUAUCUCUCGAAAUACCCCAAGAUACCACGGUGGGCACUUUGAAGGAAUCUGUCCAAGCCGAAUCUCGCAUCCCUAAGAGAGAUCAACAUCUAUACCACAAUGGACAACUACUACACGAUGACAACAAGACCAUGGAGCAACUGCAGAUUGGUGAUGGAGAGAUGCUUGCUUUGCACGUUAGGGAAUACAGAGAUCCUCCUGCUGCCACCGCACAACGAACUUCACAACCUGCUCGCGCACCUCAAGGCAGAGGAGGCCAACAACAGCCAGAUCCAGAGACAAUCAGAUUACAGUUGAUAGGCAAUGCGGAAAUGAGACGAGAGGUCGCUCGUCAAAAUCCGGAACUGGCAGCAGCUGCUGAUAGUCCAGAACGAUUUGCAGCAGUACUGAACCAAAUGCGAAGCCGGGAAGCAGGUGAGGAGGCUAGACGGAGACAGCAAAUUGCGGAUCUAAAUGCCGACCCUUUUGAUGUUGAUGCGCAAAUGAGGAUUGCGGAGAUGAUCCGUGAGCAACGAGUGCAGGAGAACUUGCAAAAUGCUAUUGAGCACAAUCCCGAAGUAUUCGGUCGUGUUCAUAUGUUAUACAUCGAUGUCGAGGUCAACGGACAUAAAGUUAAAGCGUUCGUCGAUUCCGGUGCCCAAGCUACCAUCAUGUCUCCCAAAUGUGCUGAAGAUUGUGGUAUAAUGCGACUGGUCGACAAACGUUUCGCAGGUAUCGCACGAGGAGUUGGUACUGCCGCUAUUCUUGGUCGAGUUCAUUCCGCGCAGAUUAAAAUCGGAAGCAUGUUUCUUCCUUGCAGCUUCACUGUCAUGGAAGGCAAAGAUGUCGAUUUGCUUUUGGGCUUGGACAUGUUAAAGAGACAUCAAGCUUGCAUAGAUCUGUCCAAGGAUAAGCUCAUCAUUCAAGGUGUCGAGGUUAGCUUUUUGGGAGAGGCGGAUAUUCCUAAAAAUAUGGAGGAUGAGAGGGCAGAGGAACCACAACUCGAGGGACCAGGAGGAACAACCAUUGGAGCAAAAUCUGGAGCAGUUUCAGGGCCUUCGACAGGACAGCAAGCACCUCAGAGCGCAUCAUCAGCACCAGCUACUUCUGCUUCAUCGGCUCCACCACCACAGCAGCAGCAACCAUCGUUUCCGGCAGAAAACAUAGAUCAACUUGUAGCUUUGGGAUUCUCGCGCGAUGAAGCUGUCAAUGCCUUGGCAGCUUGUGGGGGUGAUGUUCAGUAUGCAGCUGGUCUCCUGUUCCAAGGAUAGAGUGGAGUUAGGUCGGAUUGGAUGCGCUAGGUUAUGAUAUAAUACAGAGUGCAUUCAGAGAAUAAUACGUUCAGAGGUCGAGCUUGGCGUCACAUAGCAAGACGGAAAGAAUGAGAGGCAGAAAGGAGCGAAGUCAGAGGACACAGGACUCGAUCUUCUUGAUGACGUGGUCUGACGAUAAAACCAUAAAUAGCAGAACCGGCGUUAGCA